AUGUCAUAUGUAUACACGAGUAAACAAUUUUUUACCGUAGUGACUGUACGCUACUGGAAAGUCUCCCUGCUUGGCAUGAUCCAGAAGCCCCACUCUCACUCACGAAUUGCAUGUAAGAGCAGCGUACGACUGCUCCGCCUGUUCCUCGGCGAUCCUGCACGUAUCGAGAGGGUUUUGGAUGCCGAGCCUUCCGAUGGCUCAUGA